AUGAUGGUGGCGGGCCAGGGUGGCACCUGCUGCGGAGAGAAGCGGAAUUCUGAACAUCAUCUUCAAGAAAGCAAUGGAUGUUUGGUUUCAGAGACCAAAGGCCCUGGGACCGUGCAGGACGCAGCGUGGCGGCCGCGGAGUCCUGGAGAACGUGGCGACCGCGACAGUGCAAGACCGCCGGCUCCUGUGGGGCGGUCCCCAGACACAGAAUCUGCAGCCACGCCUCCGUCUAGUUACUCCAGAGGACACGCUGAGCCGUCAGGAAAUGACAGCCACGAACCUCGAACAGGAGAAUGGGGGUGCCAAGCGGGACGAGGGACCCCCGCUGAAGCAGCUCCGAGGUUUGCAGAGAAGCUGCCCCUGGACAGAGGUGAGGAAGAAGUGAGCCUCGCGCAGCUGGACAGACAGGACUCCACUGACCAGGAGGGCUGGGAGGUGGUGUCCAGGCACUCAUCCUGGGGGGAGGUCGGGUUGGGUGGCAGUCUUGAGGCUCCACCGUUAAGCCCGAGCCAGGGAACGAACUGUGGCAGAAACACUGUCGCGGAAGCAAGAGGCCAGGAACUGGAUGUUAAAACAGAAGGGGCGGUGGCCGUGGCCGCGGAGCCUCAGCAGGUCCGCGUCCGGUUCCAGGUCCACUACAUCACACGCACCGGCGCGCAGCUCCUGGCAGUAACUGGAGACCACGAGAGGCUGGGGCGGUGGGCCGCCCACGUCCCCCUCCGGCGCAGCAGGCAGGGCCUCUGGGCGCGCUCCGUCUCCCUGCCCGCCGGCGCCCUGGUGCAGUGGAAGUUCGUGGUGGUGGAGAACGGGCGGGUGACGCGCUGGGAAGAGUGCAGCAACAGGCUGCUGGCCACUGGCCGCGAGGAUCAGUUGGUUCACAAGUGCUGGGGGGUCCACUGA